AUUGUGCUUACAUGACGAGGUAGUGCUUGAAACGUAUAAUUAAUUCAACUAGCUUAACUGGGUCCACAUCAGGGCUUAAUUGUUAUUAGUUGUCGUUAGCUGACUAGCUAUAGUAGCUAAGUACUCCGGGCGCCAACACUCCAGUCCUCCUCCAUAUUGGUUUCUACAGACAACAAAAGCUGCACCGACCAGGACAGUCCAAAAUGUGCCAAAUGUGUCCUGUGCAACGUGGGAAAUUAUAGGAUGAUUAGGAGUUACGAAGAAGAUUUUAUUGCGGUGCGGGUCCAAGACCCUCGCGUCCAGAAUCAAGGCUCUUGGAAUUCUUAUGUGGACUUCAAGAUAUUCCUCCAUACCAACAGCAAGGCCUUCACGGCCAAGACGUCUUGCGUGCGCAGGCGUUACAGCGAGUUUGUCUGGCUCAAAAAGAAGAUGCAGAAGAACUGUGGCUUGGUGCAGGUCCCAGACCUACCCAGCAAAUCCUAUUUCUCCUUCAUAAAUGAGGACUUCUUGGAGAAGAGGAGAAAAGGCUUGCAGUCCUUCCUGGACAAAGUGCUGCACAUGACAGUGUGCCUGUCAGACAGCCAGCUUCAUCUGUUCCUGCAGACCCAGCUGCCAAUAGGACACAUUCAGGACUGUGUGCAGGGCCACACUCCGUACACUGUGACUGAUGCCAUCCUCACCUAUGCAUCGUCCAAUCAAGGCUGGGCCCAGGAGGAGGAUGUGAUCCCAGAGAGGACGCCGACCCCUGUGCCUUACGAGUCCAUGGAGAGUCCUGCUCCUCACCUGCCUACCUUGCCCAGUGAAGUGCUCUCCAACCCUGUGUUGCUAACAUCCUCUGACCCCGAGGGCAUUCACACAGAGGAGUCCAUCAGUGAUCUCUAUGACACAGACACUGGGGAGUUACAGUGCACCUCACCUUCCUUAAUCGCCCUCCAGGAGGACAGCUGCCUGGAGUUCCACUGCCCAGUGGAGACCACCUCGGUUGGGGACCACCAGGUGGACUGUCGAUGGCAAACAUCUGUGGAGGUACACUGUUUAGAAGGUGCUGAGGAGGAGUGUCUGGUGAUUGUGGAGAAAGUGCUUAAGGGAGAACACUCCGAAGAGAGAAUUCCACACACACACAGUACCUGUGAGCCAAUCUGCCAUGAGGUGGAAUGUCCAGGGGAGACUCUUGAGACGGCAGUUGGAGAGCAAGCCAGCCAUGUGACGUUGACUCAGGUAGACGACACACUCCAGGACACCAGCUCAGGAGAAGACACCCACGAACCCGGGCAACAGGACGACGGCGAGGAACACCUUCACGAGACAGAUUCCCACACAGAGACCCAUCAUGAGGAAGACCACCACGUGGAGACUGCCUUAGAGGCCCAGACUGGUCAGGAGGCAACCCAAGAGAAGAACAUUGUAGAGGUAGAUGAUGAUGAGGCUGACUGCGACGAAGAGAUAGACCUCCAUAGGGAGAUGGACCUCGAUAGGCAGAGUCAAAGAAAGACAUCAUCUGAGGAAAGUAGUGUUGGGGAUAUGAUGAUUGGGGAUGCCAACCAUGUGGAGCUGAGCCUUGUGACAAAUGGGUUCCAGGAAACGGAACGUGAGGAUGAGCACCACAGCACAGACAGCACAGACGUGGCGCUUCGCAACACAGACGCUAGAGAGAAAGCUACUGACGAUCCCUCACAGCAGGACAGCUCUGAUGAAGCUAACAGUGUUCCGGACGAGAUUGUUUGUGUCAAGGCUAGAGAGGAGGAAGAAAUCUCCUAUAUGACCAACAGUUAUCUAGCUCAAACCCUGGAGCAGUUGCCCUUAGGGAUGGUUGAUGUUGUGGAGGAGACGCACACCUUGGAAGUCCAAGAGAAGAAUCAUCUUGAGUCAUCCGAUGACCAUUCCACAGAGGAGGUCAUUUUGUUGACUACGGAGCCAGAUAGUGAAGUCACAUUGAAAAGUCAUGAGAGGGAAGUGUAUGACUCUGCAGCUGAUGCUAACCUGACUGUGAACCAGGACAAAGAGCUCGAGCUAACUCUGCACACCCACUCAGACUGAACAAUGGACAGUCGCAUAGCUCUGCCAAAGACACCCUUACACUCUGCGUUUCAGAUUCUUGUUCUCCUAGGUCUUACCAAAAGCUCUCUAACCUCCACAACUGUGCAGCAUUGGGUCAUUGGGUGUGGGCAGGGCUAGUUUACAGAGGUUUGGCUUUUGUGUUUGUCAUUUUAAAACAGGGCUGUUCGACCCCAUUCCUAGAGAGGUACCUCCCUGUAGGUUUUCACUUCAUCCCCAGUUGUAACAAACAUGAUUCUGCUUUGCAGCCAGUUAAUUAUUAUAACACAAUGUACUGGAUUAGGGUUGGAAUGACAACCUACAGCUCUCCAGGAUCAGGGUUUGGUAGCCUGGUUUUAGAAGUAGCCUACUACUGCCUCGUCUAUUGAAACAACUGAGGAAGGGAGUCAAUUCAACACUACAGGUGGUUGUGCCUCAACAUGUAACCCAUAUCCUGUCCAAUGAUUUAUAGGGAAAGUGCCUGAAACUUGACUUUGGCAUCUAAGAACCUGGUGCAUGAUUGAGUACUGUGUUUGUUUGUGGAGUUUCAGAUGGAACAUCUACUGAAUGUUCCCCUCAUAGUUUGAGUCAAAAAGGGGCAUUCUGCCCAACAUUAGCUUUAUUAGCUUCUUGGCUUUGUCAUAAAUGAAGUGCUUAAGGACUCCUUUGUUUCCAUCAUGUUGACACAUGCCAAUGACCAGUUAAGCUAAAUGUGGCAUAGAUACUAACUAAUUGUGGAGGUUGACGUAUUGGUGUAAUAGCCAUGUCACAUUCCCAAAUCAAACCUAUGGACGUUUGGGCUUUUAGCCUCUUCAUACAUACACUGAGAAACACACACAAACAUCUCUGUGUUUGUGGGCUUAUUUGGAGUGGGCCGUAAAUCACAUUUUAUUUUGCUAUACUGCUGCCUGUUUAUUUAAUUUUUAUUUAAUGAUUUUGAAAGGGACCCGGAGUCUUUUUAUUUGUAAUUUUACCACAUAGAAUUUU